AUGACAAAGUAUACCACACGUCCACUGCUUCCCGGGGUAUAUGUCCCCCUACCCACAUUCUUCGAUGGAAAUCAAGAAAUCGACUAUGACAGCUACAAAAAACAUCUGUUGGCUAUGACCACUCGUGGUAUGGGUAAGUCAAUUGACCCCAGAUUCAGAAAGCAUCGACUGAUCCGAAUACCUGAUUUUGAGGAGCGUGCCUCUCUAAUUCGCUUCAUCAGAUCCACUUUGGACGAAGCCGGGCUGCAAUCUACACCGAUAGUCGCUGGCGUGGGAGGACUCAGUACCAGAGAGACAAUUAGUUUAUCGAAAGCUGCUGCAGAUACUGGAGCAGAUGCGGGAAUGGUAAUUCUACCUGCUUACUACGCCGCGAGUCUGAACACCGAUGUAGACCAAGUCAUCCAAUACUAUGUUGAUAUUUGUGAAGCAUCUCCAAUCCCUCUUUUGUUAUACAACUUCCCCUCAAAUGCUGGUGGCCAAGAUAUGUCGUCAGACGUGAUCAGCACAGUUAUGAAGAGGACUACCAAUUUGUGUGGCGUUAAAUUAACAUGUGGUGGCAGCAUCGGGAAACUGAUCAGGCUGGAUGCCAUGAUCUCUGAAGACUUCACAAUAAACGAUGUGCGGAAAUUUCCAUUCUUGUUGCUUGAUGGACUUAUUGCGGAUCUCACGCCGUGGAUGAAAUGCGGCGGGCACGGAACUGUGAGCGGCAUCCCCAACUUUACGCCCGUGGCCGCCAUGCGGCUGUGGUAUCUGUUGAAUCUGUCAUCACCAACUGAGGGUGAGCGCAACGAAGCAAAACGGAUUCAAGGAAUUCUGGCUCGGGCUGAUGCUGCCGCGGUUCCUGGUGGUAUUCGGGCAAUGAAGUACGCAUUGAAUAAGCUACAUGGAUAUGGUGUUGCUCCACGAAAGCCAUUGCUUCCACUAAGAGAAAGUGAAGGCGAGGCCUUUAUGGAUGUUUUAAGUGAAGCAAUGCGACUUGAGAAUGAACUGACAGAAGGAAAAUUAGCUUUAUAG